GCGGGGAGAAAGAAGAAGAAGAAGCUGCUGCGGAUAUCCGUCUUGUAUACCUGCCUUCUAGAAAAAAAAAAAAGGGACUCCUCUCGUCGCCUGUUUUUCUUCUUCUUCUUCUUCUGACCCGCUGAACGUUUUUGAAUGAAAGCUAAGAUAACCGGUUCGGUUUCGUAACACGCUGCACCGGUAGCAGCGCGGAGGAAAAAUACAUGUUUUUUUUUUUUUUUUUUUUUCCGAGGAUGCGGAUUUGACGGAAAGACGAUAUGAGAGUCACCUGGGAUUUUGUUUUUAAUGGUUAAAAAUUUUUGAAUUAGCGCGUCGUUAGCAACGGAAGAUACCUUUUCAUGUCUGGUGAAAUACUGUCGUUAUAGUAACAAGAACGGCCUUUGAUGUCUGGUGAAAUACUGUCGUUAUAGUAACAAGAACGACACCUUCCUGCUGCAGGAGACAAAAUAAAGGGUUGAAUGUGUUUUCCUCCAGCCUUGACACCAUGAGCACCAUCUCACCGACAGACUUUGACAACUUGGAGAUCCAGCAGCAGUACAAUGACAUCAACAACCGCUGGGACCUGGCAGCAGAGACUGACUGGGAUAAUGAGAACAGUUCAGCACGCCUCUUUGAGCGCUCACGCAUCAAAGCUCUAGCAGAUGAGCGUGAAGCAGUGCAGAAGAAGACCUUCACCAAAUGGGUGAACUCUCACCUGGGCCGAGUCACCAGUCGCAUCGGUGACUUGUACACUGACCUACGAGAUGGCCGUAUGCUUAUCCGCCUUCUGGAAGUGCUCUCGGGAGAACAGCUGCCAAAGCCCACAAAGGGUCGCAUGCGUAUCCACUGCCUGGAGAAUGUCGAUAAAGCCCUGCAGUUUCUGAAAGAGCAAAAAGUCCAUCUAGAAAACAUGGGCUCACAUGACAUUGUGGAUGGGAAUCACCGUCUCACCCUGGGUCUCAUCUGGACCAUCAUCCUACGCUUCCAGAUCCAGGACAUCAGUGUGGAGACAGAAGACAACAAGGAGAAAAAAUCAGCGAAAGAUGCCCUCCUGCUUUGGUGCCAAAUGAAAACUGCUGGAUACCCCAAUGUCAACAUCCACAACUUCACCACCAGCUGGAGAGAUGGUCUCGCGUUCAGUGCCAUCGUGCACAAACACAGACCCGACGUGAUUGAGUUCGACAACCUGAAGAGAUCCAACGCUCACUACAAUCUCCAGAAUGCUUUCAAUGUGGCCGAGAAGGAUCUGGGGCUAACCAAGCUGCUGGACCCAGAAGAUGUUAAUGUUGAUCAGCCUGAUGAAAAAUCCAUCAUCACCUAUGUGGCGACCUACUACCAUUACUUCUCCAAAAUGAAAGCCCUGGCAGUGGAGGGCAAACGCAUUGGCAAGGUGCUGGACUAUGCUAUCGAAGCAGACCAGCUGAUAGACAAGUAUGAGACCCUUGCUUCGGAGCUGCUGCAGUGGAUUGAGCAGACCAUUGGCACGCUCAACGACCGGCAGCUAGCUAACUCGCUGAAUGGUGUGCAGAACCAGCUGCAGGCUUUCAACUCCUACAGGACUGUUGAGAAACCUCCCAAAUUUACAGAGAAAGGAAACUUGGAGGUCCUCCUCUUUACCAUCCAGAGCAAGAUGAGAGCAAACAAUCAGAAGGUCUACAUGCCAAGAGAGGGCAAACUCAUCUCUGACAUCAAUAAGGCAUGGGAGCGACUGGAAAAGGCAGAGCAUGAACGAGAGCUGGCGCUGAGAAACGAGUUGAUUCGUCAGGAGAAGCUGGAGAUGCUUGCCGCACGUUUUGAUCGCAAGGCUGCUAUGAGAGAGACGUGGCUGAGUGAGAACCAGAGGCUGGUGUCUCAGGACAACUUUGGGACUGACUUAGGAGCAGUUGAAGCUGCCACCCGUAAACAUGAAGCCAUUGAAACAGACAUUGGGGCAUAUUGGGAGCGUGUGGCUGCUGUGGAGGCUGUUGCCAUAGAGCUGGAAGCAGAGGCCUACCAUGAUGUACGACGAGUGACUGUGCGAAGGGACAACGUGCUUCGACUCUGGGAAUACCUCAAAGAGCUUCUGACUGCACGCAGAGAGCGUCUGAAUGCCCAUCGAGACCUUCAGAGACUGUUUCAGGAGAUGCGCUACAUCAUGGACUGGAUGGCAGACAUGAAGAGUCGUCUGCAGUCUCCAGACAGUGGCAAGCAUUUGCACGACGUGUUGGAUCUACUGCAGAAACACACUCUGGUGGAGGCUGACAUUUCAGCACAGGCAGAGAGGAUCAAGGGAGUUCAGGCAGCUGCACAGCGCUUCACUUCCCACGAACAGGCGUACAAACCUUGCGAACCAGGACUAGUCAGUGAAAAGGUCGACCUGCUCGGCGAUGCCUAUGAGGAGCUCGGUCAGCUAGCUGGGAAGCGCAGAGAGCGUCUGGAGGACUCGCGUCGCCUCUGGCAGUUCAUGUGGGAUGUCGGGGAGGAGGCUGCGUGGAUUAGAGAGCAGGAGCAGAUCCUGGCCAGUGGAGACUGUGGCCGAGAUCUCACCUCUGCCCUUCAUCUGCUCAGCAAGCAUGAAGCUUUCAGAGAUGAGAUGGCUGCUCGCUAUGGCCCCCUGAGUAACAGCAUCGCUGCUGGAGAGGCUUUGGUGAGCGAGGGACACUUUGGAGCCCCGGAGGUCAAUGAGAGGAUUCAAGACAUCCGUGCACAGUGGGCAAAUCUGGAGGAGACAACUAAGCUCAGAGAGCAAAAUCUUAAGGAAGCAGUCGCCCUGCAUCAAUUCCAGACAGAUGCCAAUGAUAUGGAGGCAUGGAUCAUGGAGACUCUUCGGCAGGUGUCCAGUCCGGAGGUUGGCCACGAUGAGUUCUCCACCCAAACUCUCGCUCGCAAGCAGAGGGAGAUAGAGGAGGAGAUCCAGAGCCACCAUCCCGGUAUUGACUCCCUGCACGAACAGGCCGAAGCACUGCCACAGGCCUAUGUACACUACCCUGAGGUGGAGGGCCGCCUACCUGCUAUUGAGCAGCGCUACGAAGAGCUGGAGUCUCUGUCUGCAGCUCGCCGCCAGGCUUUGGAAGGGGCCCUGGCCCUCUACCGCAUGUUCAGUGAAGCUGGUGCCUGCCAGCUGUGGGUGGAGGAGAAGGAGCAGUGGUUAGAUGGCAUGGAGAUCCCUACCAAACUGGAGGAUCUGGAGGUGGUGCAGCAGAGGUUUGAAACACUGGAACCUGAGAUGAACAACCUGGGCACACGUGUCACCGAUGUGAACCAGGCGGCCCAGCAGCUGCUGAGUUCAGACAACUGUAACAAAGAGCAAAUCCACCAGACACGAGACCAACUGAAUAACAGGUGGAUGGAGUUUGAAAAAAUGGCUGGUCAAAAGAAACAAGGCCUUGAGUCGGCUCUUAACAUCCAGAAUUAUCACUUGGAGUGUAAUGAGAUCCAGUCUUGGAUGAAGGAAAAGACCAAGGUGAUCGAGUCCACUCAGGGCCUGGGGAAUGACCUUGCUGGAGUAAUGGCUCUGCAACGCAAACUCACUGGCAUGGAGAGAGACCUGGAGGCCAUUCAGGGCAAAUUGGAUGAUCUGAACAACGAGGCAGAGAAGCUGGCCGAGGAACAUCCAGAACAGGCUGCAGAGAUUCAAGGACGCCUGGCAGAGAUUCAAGAGGUGUGGGAGGAGUUGAACGCCACCAUGAAGCGGCGUGAGGAGUCACUCGGCGAGGCAAGCAAGCUGCAGGGCUUCCUAAGGGAUCUGGAUGACUUCCAGUCGUGGCUGUCCCGCACCCAGACAGCGGUGGCCUCAGAAGACAUCCCCACCUCUCUGCCCGAGGCUGAGAGUCUGCUCGCCCAGCACGAGAGCAUCAAGAAUGAGGUGGAUAACUAUAAGGAGGACUAUGAGAAGAUGCGGGCAGUUGGUGAGGAGGUGACCCAGGGUCAGACAGAUGCCCAGCACAUGUUCCUGGCACAGAGGCUCCAGGCACUGGACACUGGUUGGCACGAGUUGCGUCGCAUGUGGGAGAACCGGCACAGUCUUCUGGCCCAGGCCUUUGAUUUCCAGAAUUUCUUGAGAGAUGCAAAGCAGGCAGAAGCUUUCCUCAACAGCCAGGAGUACGUGCUGUCCCACACAGAGAUGCCCACCAGUCUGCAGGGAGCCGAGGAGGCCAUCAAGAAGCACGAGGAUUUCCUCACCACCACAGACGCCAGCGAGGAGAAGAUAACUGGUGUGGUGGAAGCCGGACGGCGCCUCAUUAACGACUCGAAUGCAAAUUCUGAUAAGAUCCAGGAAAAAGUCGACUCCAUCCAGGAAAGACAUCUUAAGAAUAAGGAGGCAGCAAACGAGUUACUGGCCAAGCUCAAGGAUAACCGUGAACUUCAGCACUUCCUCCAAGAUGGACAGGAGCUCACAUUGUGGAUCAAUGAGAAGAUGCUAACUGCACAGGACAUGUCUUAUGAUGAGGCCAGAAAUCUGCACAGCAAGUGGCAGAAACAUCAGGCCUUCAUGGCAGAGCUGGCCUCUAACAAAGACUGGCUGGACAAAAUUGAUAAGGAGGGUCAGGCGCUGGUGGCUGAGAAGCCAGAGCUCAAACCUGUUGUCCAGCAGACCCUUGAGGACCUGCAGCGUCAGUGGGAUGAGCUGGAGGGCACCACGCGCACCAAGGCCCAGUGUUUGUUCGACGCUAACCGGGCGGAGCUCUUCACACAGAGCUGUUCGGCUCUGGAUGUCUGGCUGAAAAACCUCGAGGGCCAGCUGCACAGUGACGACUACGGCAAAGAUUUGACCAGCGUCAACAUUCUGCUUCAAAAGCACCAGAUGCUGGAGCACCAGAUGGAGGUCAGAGAGAAGGAGGUAGAGUCCCUUCAGUCUCAGGCACUGGCUCUGACCCAGGAGGACGCGGGAGUGGCGGAGGUAGACGGCCAGCAGAGACGAGUCACUGACAACUUCUCCGGCCUUCAGGAUCCACUGAAACUGAGGAGGCAGCGACUCCUCGCCUCUAAAGAAGCACAUCAGUUCAACCGAGAUCUGGAGGAUGAAAUUCUUUGGGUACGAGAGAGGAUGCCCCUUGCAACAUCCACAGACCACGGGAAAGAUCUGCCAACUGUACAGCUUGUAAUUAAGAAGAACCAGACGCUGCAGAAAGAGAUCCAGGGCCACCAGCCUCGCAUCGACGACAUCCACAGACGAGGCAUGACUCAGAGCCAGGUGGACGGCGAGAGACAGUCCGUCCUGGAGGAGCGUCUUGUUGAAUUGCGGGACCUCUGGGACCAACUGAUUGCGGAGACAGACAAGCGUCACGCCCGUCUCAUUGAAGCCAACCGCGCCCAGCAGUUUUAUGCUGACGCAGCGGAGGCAGAGGCCUGGAUGGGUGAGCAAGAGCUGCACAUGAUGUCAGAGGAAAAAGCUAAGGACGAGCAAAGCGCACUAGUGAUGGUCAAGAAGCACCAGACGCUGGAACAGGCACUUGAAGACUACGCACAAACCAUUCACCAACUGGCUAACAGCAGCCGACUCAUGGUCACCAGUGAACACCCGGAGAGCGAGAGAAUCACCUUACGGCAGGCCCAGGUUGACAAGCUUUACGCAGGGUUAAAAGACCUGGCUGAGGAGCGCCGUGGGCGGCUCCAGGAGAGACUGCGGCUGACCCAGCUGAAGCGGGAGGUGGAUGACCUGGAACAGUGGAUCGCAGAAAGGGAGGUGGUUGCCGGCUCCCACGAACUAGGACAGGACUAUGAACACGUCACUAUGCUUAGGGACAAGUUCCGGGAGUUUGCUCGUGACACCAGCACCAUCGGCCAAGAGCGUGUGGAUGGUGUCAAUGGGCUGGCAGAUGACCUGAUUGAGUCGGGUCAUCCUGAGAACGCCAGCGUGGCUGAGUGGAAAGACGGGUUAAAUGAGGCCUGGGCUGAUCUUCUAGAGCUGAUUGACACGCGCACACAAAUGUUAGCCGCCUCCUAUGAGCUGCACCGCUUCCAUCAGGAUGCCAUGGAGGUGCUUGGACGCGUUAAGGAGAAGAAGGACGGGCUACCUUCUGACCUUGGGCGCGAUCUUAACACCGUUCAGCAUCUACACAGACAGCACAACACAUUCGAAAAUGACAUCCAGGCCCUCAGUGGACAGGUGAACCAGGUACAAGACGAUGCCGCGCGGCUGCAGAAAGCUUAUGCCGGGGAGAAAGCUGAUGACAUUAACAGGAGUGAACAUGCCGUCACCUCUGCCUGGGAGGGUCUGCUAGAGGCUGGAACAGCUCGCAGGCUCCUCCUGCUGGACACUGUUGAGAAGUUCCGCUUCUUCAACAUGGUGCGGGAUCUGAUGCUCUGGAUGGACGGGAUCAACCUGCAGAUUGACGCACAUGAUAGCCCCAGGGAUGUUUCUUCUGCAGGGUUAGUCAUUAACAAUCAUCAAGACAUCAAGUCAGAGAUUGACACCAGAGCAGACAGCUUCACCGCCUGCAAUGAGAUGGGAAAUACCCUCAUCAACAAUAAUCACUAUGCAGCGGAUGAGAUCCGAGAGAAACUGACCCAACUCCAAGAAAAGAGGGACAGGAUCAACAAAAACUGGCAAGACAAGAUGGAUCAUUUACAAAUUGUGCUGGAGGUGUUGCAGUUUGGACGUGACGCCUAUGUGGCGGAGUCCUGGUUGGCGGGUCAGGAACCUCUGGUGCGAGCGGCUGAGCUGGGUGGCAAUGUGGAUGAGGUAGAGAGUCUAAUAAAGCGCCACGAGGCCUUUGAGAAACUUGCCGCAGCCUGGGAAGACCGCUUUGUGCUGCUGGAGAAACUCACCACACUGGAGGAGCAUGAGAUCCAAAGGAGGCGAGAGGAGGAGGAGAGAGCCCGGCGACCCCCUACACCGCCCCCAGCUGAAGAAGUCGCACAGACCGAGACAGAAAGUCACGUUCACGAUUCUGCAGCCAGAACCAGUCUGGACCAGACCACGCUCAAUCAGUCGGUCUCAGUGAAUGGAGUUCACAGCGACAACGACACGUCACAGCAGUCAUUAUCGCUAUCGUUGUCAGUGGGAAAGAAAUCAGAGCCUAAACGUGUGUGUAAGCCAAAGCAGCCGGAGCGUGGCUCGGAGACGGAUUCUGUGAACGGACCAGGUAGAGACAGCGGGCUGGCUUCUUCACGCCUUGAACCGUCCGCCACGUUACCGAGCAGGGGCGGAGCAGAGUCUGAACCUGAAACCAUGGAGGGGAUGCUUUAUCGAAAACAGGAGAUGGAGUCUCACAGCAAAAAGGCAGCUACCAGGUCCUGGCAGAAUGUGUACUGUGUCUUAAGAAAAGGAAGUCUUGGUUUUUAUAAAGACAACAGGAGCGCUAGCAACGGCAUUCCAUACCAUGGAGAAGUACCCAUCAGCCUCGGGGAGGCGGUGUGUGAGGUUGCCCAUGACUAUAAGAAGAGGAAACAUGUAUUCAAGCUCAGGCUAGGAGAUGGAAAAGAGUACCUGUUCCAAGCAAAGGAUGAGGCGGAAAUGAGCUCCUGGAUCCGAUCCAUCCUUGGCUCCAUACCAGCGGGAGCAGGAGACUCGCCCGGAGGUCCACGGGCGCUCAGUCGUGCCAUGACGAUGCCCCCCAUCUCCCCCAGCUCAGGUGAUGCAGGAGGAGGAGUUACCAUGCGCAACAAAGACGGGAAAGACAGAGAUCGCGAGAAGAGGUUCAGCUUCUUUGGCAAGAAAAAAUAGAACACUUGUUAAAUCAUCGAUGGACGCUACAUCAUGUCAAAAUUUCAAAGAACUGAAGCAGGCAGAAAGUAAUUGCAAACAGGUCCCACAAACACACUGCUCUCAGCGCAGGCCCCCCGAGGAAUUUGUCGACAGCUGCUGUAUGUGGCUUACAGAGAACUUUUUCUUUCUUUUCUUUCUCUUUGAUUCUCUCCCUCGCCAGUUUUAUCUGUUAAGUUUCUUUUUCCUUCAACAAAUGCAUUUAUCACAAAAAUCUGCACACGACACCCUCAUCCAGUUUCGGCUGAAUAGCAGAACUCUUCACUCUGUCAGUAACAAGUGCGGCUGGCAUUAGCAGGGACCCAGACCUGGUUCAAAUCCACCAAAAAUGUCUUCUUUCAGCAUGAAUAAUUUCAGUGUGUCUUUGCUAGCUGAGCCGUUUAGAGGACUUUCGCUGAGAAAUGAAUGGUUGCUUUCUGCUGUGGAGCACGCUGGUUUUAUUUCUCCUCUUCCAAUCGUUCUCUCUUUGAAAAGGAUCACAUCAGUCUCUCUUUCCGUUCUUUGUAUUGAUGUUAUUAACCUGACCGAUAUUAUUGCUGUUAUUAUUAUUAUUAUUAUUAUUAUUAUUAUUAUUUAUCUUGCUGGUUUGAAAAACGGACUAAUUCAUAUGACAAUAGAUAAUCUUGAUUCAUGUUGUGGAGAGAAACAACUUUGGUUCAACUAGUGGAGAAUGUUGGGUUUUCCCCUUUGUAUGUAUUAUUAUUAUUCUUUUUUAGGAAUGAGUUUAUGAGGUGUUCUGAGAAAAAUAAAGCUCAAUAAAUUUUAGCUGUUUGCAGUAAGUGAUCACAAGUGAAAUUGGGAAAAUGAUAUAUAUAUUUAAUAAGUGGUUUUAUUUUUUAUUUGAUUGUUUUCUUGCCUGUACCUGAUUAUUUCUUUUGAGUGAUCUUUUCUGCUUGAUUUUCAGUUUUCUUUUUUUUUCUGUACAAAGCAGAGAAGAUUAGUUUUCUAGUGUGUGUGUGCGUGACUGCGUGUGUGUGUGCGUGUGUGUGUGUGUGUGUGAGUUGUGGUGCUGUGGAUUUUGCACGUUUAUGUUAUUGAUCAAACGUGGCCAGAUGAAUGCUGCUUUUAGCUCCGUUGACAAAAAGCCAGGCACAAGCGCAGACAAAUUUGACGAGAAUGAUUUCAUAAAGUUAGAUUUUCGUUGCUUUUUGGGUUUUUAUUAUAUGUAAGCUGACAUUACCAAUGAAGUUCAUCAAGACAGUUCCAUUAUUUCUGUUUUUAAGUCUUCUAACUUGCUGUUCUUUCUCUACUGGUGUGAAGGCAUGGGGGACAAUUUGUAGACAAAAAGCUGAAGCACAUUUUCUGUGGCAGUCCACAGACUGGGAGCAGGACAGACGGACAGCUGACGGGUGUCAUUGCAGGUGAAAGGAGAGGCAUGUAGAAGUGAGAUUGGAUAGGCAGUGAAGAUUUGCGCGUAAUGUGCUACCGGACGGACAGAGGUGUACUGAGCCUUACUUGAACCCACUACAGAUACACUGAACCCUUUUUUACAAGCCCAUCCUCCAUUGAGACAGUCCUAAAGGAAGCCUUUGUAGUACUAAGAGGAGUGUUCAAAAUGUGCCCUGUGGCAAUGAUCUAAUGUAUGUCAGUGGAUUAUAUAUGCAGGUACAAUAAAAAUCAACAGUAAAACCUCUGCUUUCUGGCGUUUGCAGAGAUGGAAAAGUCCUAAAUCGUCUCUUAGAUGAGCUACGAGCUCUUGAGUAUAUGGCAUGACUUCAUGUAGGUUUAUUCUUGUAUGUGUCUCAUCAUUGCCGUCGAUUCUCCUCUGUGUCCAUGUGCUCUGAAAACACGAGAUCGCUUCAUAAUCAGGGCCGGAGAGCAAUUAAUCACAUGUAAUUGGCAUUUAUAAUCAAAAACCAUGAUAAUGGCAAUCAAAUAUAGUAAAUGUUAAUAAGUGAUAGGUGUCAACUAGUUUCCUAAAUGACUGUACACGUUUAAACUAAAAAAAUAAAUGAACAGUAUACUGUGAGACUGUAGGCAGUAGUGCAUUUUAUAUAAAUAACUUGAGACCAUUAGAUGGGUUGUUCAUUGUUAAUAAGUCAGCCACUUAAUUUGCCUUUUCUAACUGCCAAAAUGCAACAGAAAGUAACAGGGGAACAACUGAGUUUAACAGCUUAAUGGAUAAUCUUUCAAGGAGGUUGCAACUUAUCAAUAAAUAUUCUUUUUUUUUUUUUUUUUUUUUAAUCUUGAGAGAAACUCUUUAAAGCCGAAUAUACCACAGGAAUGUCGCACUAAACUGAAACUGCUGGAAGCAAAACUUGUAUUAGGUUGCAGUUUCAACAGGUUGGCCUUAUUUUCCAGUCCCAAAAUGAAUGUGGAACCAGUGGUCGAAAAGCUCAAAUCCAAGAUCCUCCAAGUCAGGGACGAGAGAUACCAGAACAUCCACCUAGUGACUAUUGAAAGAGUUCAGUCAAGUUGGCCACACAUGGUCAGAAACUUUAUCAAACUGACCGCCUUGUAUCUGUCAGACUUUGAGUCUUAGCUGUAUGAUAGCAGCCUACAGCGUGGUUACCGAGUAAAUAAGGUCAUUGCAUACAUAAGUGAGCCGAUGCAGCUAGCAUACAUUGUGCAGAAUUUGAAGGAGGAGUCAUUCUUCCCCAGUGUCGGAGCUGGUUUUAGUGAAUAUUGCUACCUUUUCUCUACUCUGGACGUCGAACGCAGCCUAUAGUUGGUGUUCGGGAGUCUAAAGGUCGCACAGUGUAUUUUCUUAUCAGCUGAUUUGAAUGUGAAUGAUUCAAAUUAGUUUGGCCAAAUUGGUCAUGUGAAGCAAAAACAUUUCUCUCAUACAGUACUUGACAUACUACACAUGAGCUGUCUCUCUCUCUCUUUCACACAAACGGCCACAUGAAUACAGUACUGUGUAUUUAAUGCAGAGCGACCCUGCUGAUCCCGGCUGUGAUUCGAUGUUGCAUACUGCAUCCUUUUUCAAAUGGCAUUGUGCUACAGGUGAGCUUUGACCACAACAUGGAAAGUGUGUAUUAUUGAUGUCAAAGAGAUGAGUUUUUGGUUAAGACAGUACUUGUAACUAUGGAGUACUUAAUGAAGAAAAAAAAACAACUUUUACUUGUUAAGUAUUAGAUAUGAGUGAAACAGACUGGUGACAAUUUGAGCUUCCUUUAUUUUUUAGAAGGCAGGAUAUUUGCUGUCUAGUGGGAGCUUGUAUUUUUUCAUCCAGUGGUCUUUCUUGCAGCAUUUGAUAAGCCUGUCCACCUACCUUCAUCUCUCAUUACUUUUGACCAAUGUCUGUUCCUUCCUCUGUAAUUCAGAGUUGUUAAUACCACUACUAUUAUUAAUUGCUAUUAUUACAUUAUUGCUACUGUUGUUACUAUUACUACUACUGUUACUAAUGCAACCUAUUGCAAAACGUGUAACUGCUGUCCAUUUUCAGGUACGUGUCUGUAAUACCAGACCCUUCCACACGAUGUCAGUGUGCUGUGGAGCAUUUUCAUUACAAAUGGAAAAUAAUGUUUGUUGACUUGUGUAUCUACAUCUAAUAUUAGGAAUAAUAAAACGUGGUUUAAUCAAAACGA